UUCUCGAAGAAAGAGCAAAGAAACUCGAAAAAGCUUUUGGAGCCGUAAUAGCAAGGUAGAUCGGAGGCAUCUCCAUCGGCGAUCCCUAAAUUUGAUUUCGUUAGAAUUCCCCCCUGCAAUGUCGUCAUCAUCAUCUUCUCAACCCGCCGAUGGCGACGGUGUUUAUAUGCGACAGAGUAAAGGAGCUCCGUUUAAGUUUUUAGUUCCCCUGAUUUAUGCUCCUGUUCUUCCUCUCAUUCGACUUACAUUGAGACACAAGCCAGUUUUGAGGGAUCGAUUGUUCACAGCAGUUUUGGUUGGGGCUGUUGCUCAUGGAACUUACUUGGUAUCAGAUCUUUAUGACAGUGAGAGUAAAUGAAUCAGCAGAUCAUUUCACAUGAAGCUUUCAUGGAGUCAUGGGUGUGGAUCGAAUGCAGUAUUAUGCUCUGGUGAAAAAUAAUGUAAGACAUAAUCAGUGUACAAGAAAGGGCUUCCAAAUACAUGAGGGUUGUUUAUGGUUGACAAUGAUGCCAAAUAUAGUAGAAGAGUUAUCUUAAUGAGGAUUUUCAUCGAGCAGUUGGUGUGCACAAGAUGAUUCAUCUUUUCAUGAACUACAUAACCACAUUAAACCCCAAUUUUUUAACUUUGGUCAUUUAUUGGGUUUCUUUGGGAGCUUUUUUUUUCAUGAAAAUGUUUGAAAUGGAAAAGCUCUUUUUAUUUCCAGGGCAA